AUGAAACGGGAACUUUACGGCCAGCUUGAUGCUCUCCAGUCUCGACUUUGCGACUUGGAUGAACUUACUCUGGACUCUGACUCCAUCAUUUCGGGAACCACGGCAGCAACUUCUGUUCAACUGUCGCCACGAAAAGAAAGUGCAAGAAAGUCCGUUCCUCCACCUCUGGUGAGCUCCCAAUCUGUCCCGCUCCAGUGUGGAACAGUUCUACUACACAAUGUGCUUGACUGCUUGAACGAUAUGGCCCUUCAGGAAUCGGCACAAAUUGAGCAGUGUUUGGCCGAGGUGGCAACGGCUUUGGAGCUGUGUGUGGCCAUGAACACAUACACGAUAGAAAAGACUGGGAUGUUUCCUCAUAAACGAUGA